UUGACUGAGUAAGCAGAGCAGCGACUGCUAAACAAAUCCGCUCGUGUAGAAGGGCGCGCGUUCAGUGCAGUCGGGUUGUGGAAUUCGUGUUCGGAACAGACGCCAUAAGAGGCGGACAAGACAGUGGCUCGUCGGUGUGCCGAGAGGCGUCAAGGAAGGUCUCGGACGAGGACAUCAUGGAGCCAAGCUUAGUUUGCGUCAAGGAAGAGGGCUGUGAGUGGAGGGCGGUCCAUUUGAUGCCGGGGGGUCUCUACGUGAAGGUGGAGGAGAGCGAAGAGCACAUCUGUGCCUUUGAAGAGGAUGCACCGAGUGCCCUUAAACGAGAGGAUUAUGAGCAGGUCCCCAUCAGCCUGGACGCCCUGAGCCACACGGUGGACUUUUUCAAGGAAGAUGCGCCCGUGCAGAAUGUUUUAAUUUCCCAAGCGUCUCCAGGACGGCAGGCAGAGGUGACGUCUUUGGGGUCGGCUGACGGGGAAGAGCUUUGUCCUCCACGUGAUUUUGGUGAACUACCAGAAUUUGAGGGUGAAUUCAUAGAGGGAUCACACUGUAGAAAGGGAGUGAAAAGGAGGCAGUCAUCUACAAGCUGGUGUGAGACAUCUUUACACGAUCAGGACUGCAUCUACUCAUCUGAGUUUGAUGAGACUACGCUUCAGUGCCACCCUGACGAGCAGAGACGAAAUGAAACUAUGAAGACAUUUGAAGCAAAGACUUUUCCACGGGGCUGUCUGUCUGUUGUUAAAAUUACCAACUCAGUCGGUAUUCACGGAGAGAUGCCCAAUACAACUCCAGUGACUUUGUACAUAUGCCAGGAGUGUGGCAGAGGCUUUAAAACCAAGUCUAAUUGUAAAAAGCAUCAGAGCAUUCAUUUGGGAGAGAAGCCGUUUUGCUGUUCUGAAUGUGGGAAAAGAUUCUCACGAAUAAGUAAUCUGCAAAGGCAUACAAAAGUUCACACUGGAGAAAAGCCUCACUGCUGCUCUGAAUGUGGCAAACAGUUCUCUCGAAUCAGCCAUCUUCAGAGUCACGCAAGAAUACAUACGGGAGAGAAACCUCAUUGCUGUCCUGCAUGUGGCAAGCGAUUCUCACGAUUAAGUCAUCUUCAGGGUCACUUGAGAAUUCAUACAGGCGAGAAGCCUUACUGCUGCACAGAAUGUGGGAAACGAUUCUCUGAAAUGAGUAAUCUUAAGAGCCAUUCAAGAACUCACACAGGAGAAAAGCCAUAUGGCUGUUCUGAGUGUGGCAAACAGUUUUCAGGACUGAGAAAUCUUAAGAACCAUACAAGAAUUCACACAGGAGAAAAACCUUACUGUUGUUCUGAAUGUGGCAAACGGUUUUCACGAAUAAGUAAUCUUCAGAGCCACAGGAGAAUUCACACAGGAGAGAAACCUCAUCGCUGUGGCGAGUGUGGCAAACGGUUCUCAGAAAUCAGCAGUCUUCAGAGACACAUGAGUGUCCAUACCGGAGAAAAGCCUCAUUGCUGUUCUGAAUGUGGCAAAAAAUUCUCACGCAUAAGCCAUCUCCAAAGACACACAAGGAUCCACACUGGAGAAAAACCUCACUUCUGUUCACAAUGUGGAAAACAAUUCUCUGAAUUAAGCAGUCUCCGGCUUCACAUGAGAAUUCACUCAGGAGAGGAUCCGCAUCAGUGUGCCGAGUGUGGCAAACAGUUCUCACAGCUGCGUUACCUUCAGAGACACCAACAAGUUCACACCGGGGAGAAGCCCCAUUUCUGUCCAGAAUGUGGCAAAAGAUUCUCCCAAACCAGCCAUCUUAAAAGGCACACUCAGAUUCACACUGGAGAAAAGCCCCACUUUUGUUUUGAGUGUGGCAAGCGAUUCUCACAAGUAAGCCAUCUGCGAAGGCACACUCAGAUCCAUUUGGGCGAGAAACCCUACUGCUGCUCUCAGUGUGGCAAACGAUUCUCACAAAUGAGCAGCCUGGAGAAACACAAGAUCGCUCACAAGGGUGAGAAGCCAUAUUGCUGUUUUGAAUGUGGCAAAACAUUCUCACAAGCCAGCUACCUUCAGAAGCAUGCUAGUGUUCACACGGGUGAGAAGCCUCAUUCGUGUUCCCAGUGUGGCAAACAGUUUUCACGAAUAAGCCAUCUUCAGAGUCAUAAAAGAAUUCACACUGGAGAAAAACCCUAUUGCUGCUCCGAAUGUGGAAAGCGUUUCUCAGAAUUAAGCAAUCUUAAAAGUCACAAGAGAACUCACACUGGAGAGAAACCCUAUUGCUGUCUGGAAUGUGGAAAGCAAUUCUCCCGGACAAGCAAUCUGCAGAAUCACAAAAGAAUUCACACUGGAGAAAAGCCUCAUUGUUGUUACGAAUGUGGCAAACAGUUCUCAGAAAUCAGAAGUCUUCAGCGCCACAUACAGAUUCACACCGGAGAGAAGCCUCACUACUGCUCUGAAUGUGGCAAGAGAUUCUCACGAAUAAGCCAUCUCCAGAGACACGCAAAAAUUCACACAGGAGAGAAGCCUUAUUUCUGCUCGGAAUGUGGUAAACACUUUUCGCAACUGAGCAGCCUGCAAAUUCACAGGAGGAUUCACACGGGAGAGAAGCCUCACGGGUGUUCUGAAUGUGGCAGACAAUUUUCGCAGUUGAGUAGUCUUCAGAGGCACCGACAGAUUCACACUGGGGAGAAGCCCCACUUCUGCUCUGCAUGUGGGAAACGUUUCUCACAGAUCAGUCAUCUGAAAAGACACACGCGAGUGCACUCCGGGGAGAGGCCCUAUUGCUGUUCUGAUUGUGGCAAGCGAUUUUCACAAAUAAGUACCCUCGAGAGACACAAGAUCUCGCACCUGAGGAAGACUUUGUUGUUAAAAUUAAGUUAAGAUACUUGAGUAGAAGAUCAAUUUUUUUAAUUGAUUUAUUUUUUUUGAAACACAGCCAAGUGAAUUUUUCUUUAUUUUUAAUGUGCAUUUUUGAACUUCAUUUAAACAGGUAAAGGUGAUGUAAUUGAAACAAAAAAAUAUGACUGCUUCACAAUAAGUUAUUCCAUGACAAAUGAACAGAUCUUUUAUUUAUAUCUGUGGCAAAGUAAAUCCAUCCUUGUUUUUAAUAACUGGUUUUGCCCUACAACCCUUCAAGUUGGUAUUUGCUAGAAUGGUCUAGAACUCUACGACAUCAACUGGCAGAAAGUUUUUCUCACCCAUUCAUACAGCUUUCAGGGGCUUCUUGUUGGCAUUACCCCCCAACCCCCACUGGAUCUGAGAUCAAAGUGCUUUGAUUUGACCCUUUCAGCGCCUUCCAGGAAUGCUUAGGGCCAUCAUCACGUCGCCAGGUCCACUUUUGGUUGUGCUUCACUCUUCUGAAAGAUCAUCUCACAUGAUCCUCAAUGAAGAAUCCCCUGGUGGAUUUUAUGAUGGUGAGUGGCCAAGCCCCCUGAUUCAGCCUGGCAGCCUCAAACCAGAACAUUUCCCCCCAUCAUGCUUGAUCAGUUGUUUAUCAGGUUUGUUUUUUUCUCCGGUCAAAUACUGCCAUCAUUUUUCACCAGAUAUCUCUGUUUUUGCCUCACCUGUUCCAACCACGUUGUUCCAGGAGUCCCGGUCUCGGUCUUCUGUGUUCGUGGUCACAGCGCUCUGCUGUUUCUCCUGCUUCCUCCUGGCACACCUCCCACACUGAUCUCAUUUGCGCAGUCUCUUUCUAAUGGUGGAUUCAUGAACUCUGACAUCUACAGUAGGAGUAUCUUCAACUUGAAGGUCACACUGAAGAAACUCUGGCCUGCGUGCCGACUUCAUUCAGGGUUUUGCACUUUACACACAGGAUGAGUGUUCUGGGGCACCCUGGCCAGGACCAGUUGGCAGUGUUUCUUGUAAAACUUCUCUCCUUGUCUACCUACAGUUGAAUGCCUGAGUUAUACGUUUAGUAAGCUCGCCGAUUUCAUAGCACAUGUUUGUCGGAUUUAUCACUGCUACUGACAGGAAAGAUGACCCGGUUUAAGGCUUCCAUCCAUCCAUCCAUCCAUCCAUCCUUCCUCUUCCACUUAUCUGAGAUCGGGUCGCGGGAGCAACAGCU